AAGGCCCAGCCCCGCCUUCUGCUGUUGCCUAGCAACCCAGAAAGCGCCAUGGCUGCCGCCGACCGGGAAAAACGGUAUUUGACACAGACUGCGGCAGCCCUAGCUAAGUCACCGUCACUUUCGCCACAGCUAGCAACUCCCAUCCGAGGGAGGCCUAAGAAGUGUCUGGUCUAUCCGCAUGCGCCGAAGAGCUCCCACCUGUCUCGUUCCGUUUUGCGUUGGCUUCAGGGUCUGGAUCUCAGCUUCUUCCCCAGGAACAUCAACAGAGAUUUUUCAAAUGGCUUCCUAAUUGCAGAAAUAUUCUGUAUAUAUUACCCCUGGGAACUUGAAUUAUCAUCCUUUGAAAAUGGGACCUCUUUAAAAGUCAAGUUGGAUAACUGGGCACAGUUGGAGAAGUUCCUGGCAAGAAAAAAAUUUAAAUUACCUAAAGAACUAAUCCAUGGAACAAUUCAUUGUAAAGCUGGAGUGCCUGAAAUACUGAUAGAAGAGGUUUACACUUUAUUAACACAUCGAGAAAUUAAAAGUAUCCAGGAUGACUUUGUGAAUUUCACGGACUAUAGUUACCAGAUGCGUUUACCCCUGGUUUCCAGGUCUACAGUUUCGAAGUCUAUUAAAGAUAACAUUAGGUUAUCAGAAUUACUAAGCAAUCCCAACAUGCUGACCAAUGAACUUAAAGCAGAGUUCCUCAUCCUUUUACAUAUGUUGCAAAGAAAAUUAGGCAGAAAAUUGAAUCCAGAAUGGUUUGAUGUGAAACCAACAGUGGGAGAAGUUACUCUCAAUCACCUUCCUGCCCAAGCCUCUGGGCGCAGAUAUAAUUCAAAAGUUAAAAGAGGAAGAGUUGUCCCUGUUUUACUCUUGCUCUCUUUGGAAAAAGAAAUGGGUUUAUGGAAGCCUUCAUUGGACAAGGUAGAUCAGGAUGGGAAGCAAAUAUAGGUAAUGGGGGCAGUUCACAUAGAGAAAUACAUGUGAAGCAAGCUGGACAUUCUUAUUACUCUGUUAUGAAACCUAUCAGAAACAUGGACAAGAAACCUUGAAAAGCACCUGUCAAAUGGCUUUGAAGAAGUGAUGCCACCAUCUCUCGCCAUAAUAAAGAAACAGAAUCACCUAGUAUUGGAUGUAUUUCAAUAAUAAAUAGAGUGGUGUCUUUUC